UAGUUAAGUUUUAGUCUUAGUCGCGAGAGAACCCUUUUUUUGUGCAAGAACAAAAGAAGAACAACAAAAUUCACGAAAAAAGGAAGAUAACGAAUUUUUGAAAAUAUGUUCAAUUCACGUAAAAUGAAUAUCGAAUCUUUCGAUAGUCAUUACAAUGUACCUAUGAAACAGUAUUCGGCGGCCUGCAUUAAUAUACCUUUAAAAAAGAAUUGGUCCGACAGUUGGUGCGCAUUGCCGGAAACUUUUGAUCAUUGCUUAGAUAAAAUAUUACAUUUUGAGGUCAGACCUCGAGAUGUAUUUGUAGUAACAUUUAUGAAAUGUGGUACAACUUGGAUGCAAGAAGCUGCUUGGUUAUUAUUGAAUGACUUGAAUUUUGAAAAAUCGAAAGAGAAACGAAUAUUGGAACGCAGUCCAUUCUUAGAUUUUAUUGGUUUAUUACCGCCGGGCUCAGGAUUGGAACUCGAUCCAUUGAAAUUAACUGAGCAAUUACCCGAUCCUCGUCUUAUAAAAUCCCAUAUGCCCGCGAAUUUGUUGCCCUCACAAAUUUGGCAGAAAAAACAGAAGACUAUUUAUGUAGCUCGCAAUAUUAAAGAUGUGAUUGUUUCGUCAUUUCACUUUGUGCAACACGGCAUGUGGAAAGGUGAUUCUAUAGCCGAUUAUGUCAAUAAUUUUAUUAAUGACGAGAUUCAUUGGACACCAUUUUGGACUCAUAUUGUCGAUUUUUGGAAAAUGCGUAACGAAUCAUUUAUAUUUUUCGUGACUUAUGAGGAAAUGAUAAAAGAUUUGCCUGGCGUUAUACGGAGAUUGUGUCAAUUCUUGAAUAGACCUACGCUAACAGACGAAGAACUAAAUCGUUUAGUAGCGCAUUUAUCAUUUGGCAAAAUGAAAGAUAAUAGACAAGCAAACUUAACGGAAAUGAUGAAAGAAACGUUUCCCGAUGUUCCUGAAAAUUUUCAAUUUAUGCGCCGCGGCAUCGUAGGCUCUUAUCGAGACGAGUUGACACCCGAGCUGCAGGCUAAAAUUGAUACAUGGACUGCUUCAGUUUUAGCAAAACAUGGUCUAACGGAAAAAGAUAUAUUUGGUGAACUGUAACUUAAAAUUAUCAAACGCCUAACUUCAACUAUCAAGCACACUAAAGUUUCGGUUGUUACUUGCCUAUCAAUGUUAACAAAUAAAAGAAUUACGAUAGAAAAUA